AUGGUUGUGGGCAGGCACAAACUACUUUUGCUCGCAGUACUUUCAGGUCUUGGUGUAGACGCUGUUCGAGGAGGGAUUACAUUAACCACCUGCUUUACCGUCACUGCGAGUGGCUCGGAGACAAAAUCAUGCACAUUAACGGUCAGCACCAACAGCUGGGGAUAUGGCCCUCAAACCUCAACAACUAUAAGGUUUGCACCCACAGUUACCUACAUCACGACAGACAAAAACCCAGCGGUUGUGUACUCGUCAAUGGAGACCCCUAACUACGGCGUAACCAACGAGAACACAGGGGCACCGAGGCCUACGGCUGUGAGCGUCGAUCCGGUUGAACCACCAGUGUACAACACGUUCCACAGUAACAACAACCCGGGCGGAGUAACCAAACCGCCACCCAAGCCGGUUACCGUCAUUGUGAAGCCUACGGAGGUAAUCAUUGACAGUUCCACAAUCACCGACAACCCGACGACAAAGACACAAACCGUCGUGGUGGGCGGUGAAACCUUUACGGUCGGGCCAACCCAGGUAGUAGGAGGUGGUGCCACCGUAGCCCGGCCGUCUACAACCAAAGGAGGAGGAGGAGGAGGAGGAGCAGGGGCGGGGGGGAAUAUUUACGCCCCCGUACCCACAAGCACCAAGCUCAACGACCUGCCCAUCAUCGUGAGCUCCUCCGUAGCCGUAAUCGGAACCGGCAGCUCCUCCUUCACCCUCCCACCAACGCCCACCACAGUUGUCGUCGAAGACCACACCGUCAGCCUCGGCCCCAGCGGGAUCGCCAUCAUCGACCCCAAAGGCAACCCCAUCAUCGCAACCGUCACCCUCCCACCACCCCGCGACCAAACCAUCACCAUCGGCCCCGGCCCCAACAACAACAACGGCCAACCCAAAACCACCACCAUCGACGGGGUCCCCAUCACCAUCAUCUCAUCCUCCGUAGCCAUCAUCGGCACCGGCAGCUCCAAAUCCACACUCACCUUCCCCGCCUCGGGCUCCUCACCCACCACCAUCACUAUCGACAACGACAACGGCGGCAGCCAACACACCCUCACCCUCACCCUCGGACCCUCGGGCAUCACCCUCACCGCGCCUCUACCCCCCAACGCCAUCGCCACAGCAUCCUCGGUCAUCACAAUCCAAACCCUCUCCAUGCCCCUCCCUUCAGGGGCACAUGUAGUGACAUCUCAACCACAACCACAACCACAACCACAACCACAACCACAACCCUCAACAACAGCAACAGAAGUCGUGGUAGCAGGCGGCUCCCUGAUAACCGCCAUCGGCCGCUCCGUGGUGGUUAUUUACGGGACCACCAUUACUUACACCACUCUCUCUUCCCCGUUUACGUUUACCACCGUCAUCGAUGGUGACACUAUCGUUCUUGACCCAUCUGCUGGAGUUUUAAUCACCCACCACCAUAACCACCUCCCCGUCCCCGUCCCCGUCCCUGGCGCAUCACCAUCAGCAGGAGCUGCAGCGGGAGCUGCAGCGGGACCGGGAGCGGGAGCGGGACCGACGGGGGUAACGGUGACGGUAACAACCCUAGGCGGCCCGCACGCCGACCCCUCGGCUACUGAAUUCGCAGUCGUUGGAGGAGCGACGAUUACCAUUAUUAAAGUGGGAGCGUCGGUGGUGGGGGUUAGUUAUACCGUUGGUCCUUCUUCUUUUACCGGCACUGGAGGCACCGGAGGCACCGGAGGCAAAACGAUAACGACGGUCCUUGCAAGGGCGGAGGAGACUGCGACUGCGACUGCUACGGCUGGUGGUGGUGCCUCUGGGUCAUCCGGAUCGGGGUCGGCAAAGGAUGGGGAUGGAGAUGAUGAGCAGGAUGCUGGUGUUUCGUUUGGGGUUGGGUGGAGGGUUAUGAUGUUGGGGUUGGGUGUGGCGGGGGCGGUUGGGGUGUUUGGGUUGUAGUUGUGAGUAGAGGUAAGUUAUCCGUUUAAUGCUUUUUUUUUUCCCAUGUCCAUUCUGUUUUCUUUUUAUAUACAGAGUGAUUCAAAGGGAGCGAGCGGAGCUGUUGUAAGUAUCGGGAUGGAUCACGAAUACCUAGGUAACGAUGGCGCAUUCUGGCGCAAAUGGCGAGAUGCCUCUUCUUCCAGGAAGGGCUCUCCAUGUUGUUCUUUCUCGGUUCGGUGUUGGCGAUUUGGGUGUCGUACAGGAGGAGUGAACGGAUAUGAUAAAGAUGUGACGACGACUUUAUCGAUGAAGAGAAUGACUUUGUAUUUACUUUUUUAUCAUCAACAUAAUUUGUAUUGACUUCCUCAUAAUACAUGAUUGUCC